CUAGUUGUUCGGCAACAACUUACAGAGGUGAAAGUGGUAGUUGUGUUUGAUGCGAUGAUGUCUGGACUUCCCACACACAAGGAAAACUUUAAUGGUAUUGAUAUAGUUUACUCGGGGGAGUCUUGUGCUGAUGCAUGGAUUGAAAAGGAGGUUGUGGCUUUAAAGGAGGAUGGAUGUCCCAAAGUAUGGGUUGUUACUUCUGAUAAUCGUCAACAGCAAGCAGCACAUGGAGCAGUAAGCUUUUUUCACAUGUUUUGCAUGUUCAUGUGGUUAUAUCCAGACCUUUCAUAUGAUUGUUUGCAACUAUUGUAGCAGUUACCUAAUUUGGAAGUUGGGUUGAGUUAUAAGGUCACUUAGUUUUUUGCGUCUAAUUACAAUAGUGUACAUUACAAGGUCCCUUAAUUACAUAGCAGUUACCUAACUUGAAAAAAGAGUGUAAAUUGUAAGGUCCCUUAAUUUUAGAAAAAAUAGAAUAUAGUCACCGUGUUUUUGAUAAAUAUUACAACUGUGUUCAAUGAACUAAUUGCAAACAUUAAAAUUAUUGUUAAAGAACAAGUUAGUCUUCUUUUUUGAACAAAAUGCCCUACAAACUCAUCAAAAAAAGAAAACAGGAAAAUCUUGAAAAAAUGAGAGAAUCUUGGCCAAAAGUAGGGAGAACUUGGUUUUUCACGUUUCUCCAAUCGAGGUAUUCUUCAAACUCUCACUCCCAACUUUGGUCAAAGUUAUUCAGAAAUUUCAAGAUUUUGUUGUUCUCUUAUCAGAUGAUUUUGUAUGUGUCCUCUCUUGAGAAAAAAGAAAAGACUUAUUUGUGCUUUGACAUUAAGUUUAACAUCUAUUAAUUUAUUGAACUGAAUUGUAAUGUUUGUUCAAAACCCAUGGACUGAAUUGGCAUCUUUUUCAAACUAGAUGCCUUUUAACUUUGUCUGCGGUAGUGUCUUGUACUGUUCAAUUUUUAUUUUGACAUUUACUAAAUCG